AUGAAGGGUAUAGAAGAUACAUUCAACAAUAACAGUAAUAGUAAAAACAGUAAUAAUAGUAAUAAUAGUAAAAAUAAUAAUAAUAAUAGUAAUAAUAGUAACAAAAAGAAUAUAAACAUAAAUAUAAAUAGUAGUACUUUUAAUGAAAAAGAAGAAGCUUUUAACAAUAAUAAUAAUAGCAGCAAUUUAAAUGAUAAUGUUUUAAAUGUUAUGAAUCAAAGUAAAGAAUAUAAUAUAUUUAUAAAUAAUAAUAAUAAUAAUAGGAGUAGUAGUAGUAGUAAAACUGGAGAUAGUAACAGUGAACAUGAAUAUUAUGAUAUAGAAGAUUUAGAUGUAGAUAUAGAUGCGGAGGAAGAAGAGGAAGAAGAGGAUUAUUUUAAUAUUGGUGGUGGUGUUGGGGAUGAAGAUGAUGACUAUGACGUAGACGACGAUAGAUUAGCACUUAUAAAGAACGAUUUGAAUCAGGUGCCUAUAAACGAGGUAAUUCAACAUCUAGUUGAAAAAGUCAAUGCUCAGUGGUGCACAGCAAAUCACAAAACUGCUGUUGGUGUCGCAGCUGAUUUGACAAUAAGUUUCACACCCGAACAAAUUCAGUUAUUUGGAUUUUCAUUGGAUGAAAAAUCUGGAUUUGCAUCGUUGGCAACCUCUGACAAACACUACACUCCCUUCUCAAUAACCUCACUUAUCAGAAACACAAAACUAGCGGAGCUAUUCUAUCUCGUUAGAAUUGAAAUAGUUUUCAAUUGGAGUCUAUCACAGCCUAUUCCAUCGCUAUUGUUUUGUGACCAAAUCAACAACAGCAACAACAACAAAGCUAAUGAUCACUCCAAUAGUAAUGGUUCACCUCAGGCCAACAAAGUCAAGCAACUCAACGAAGUCGAGAUUGAAUUCGUUAUCAAUGAUCUUAUUAAUACUGAGAAGUUGGAGAAGUUAUCAAAGAAGAAAAAGAAAAAGAGAAAUAACAAUAAUAAUAACAACAACAGUAAGAAGAAGAAACAACCAACUACUUCAACAACAACAACAACAACAACAACAACAACAACUACAACAACAGCAACAAAUGUACACUUAAAUAGUCCAAAGAUUACAGUAGAAGAAGAGCUUGUGUCUAGCGAUGAUCAAUCGGAUGAUGCCACCACAGCCGAGGAAAUUGAUAGCGAUCAAUUUCUAAAGACAUUGAGUAUUAAGAAACCAGCAUCUUCAACUACAUCGACAUCUGAUAUUGUAAAUAAUAAAUCACCACCACACCUAUCAAAGAUAACACAUAAUAACAAUAACAAUAAUAAUAAUAAUCAUACUAGAAACAAUAAUAAUGGAAAUCAAAAUAACAGUAAUAAUAAUAAUAGCAACAAACAUAAACCUAACAAACCAAUAUGUUCACCAACAAAGAAAGCAUUGAAUAUACAACCUAUAGAUACUACUAAAGAUAAUAGUGAUAGUACAAAGUUAACAGUUAAAAUGCAAACAAGGGCUGAUUUAGGUUCAAAUGUAACGACAAAAGUAAAUUCAACUACAACUACAACACCGACUCCAACUGUUUCGCCUGCAGCUGUACAACCUCUGACGCCGUCGCCAUCUUUAAAUAUCGAAGAGUUUAAUUGUAGAGUUGGAAAGUUUAAAUUCAGUAGGAAGGAGUCGAAUAUCAUUGGAAGAGGUAGCAAUGGAACAUUGGUGUAUCGUGGUAUUUGGAAUGACAAGGUACCGGUUGCUUUGAAACAAAUGCAAAAGGCAUUCAACGAUAUUCUAUCAAAGGAGAUCGAUGUCUUGAUAAAGUUAACAAAUUCCAAUUGUUCGAAUCUGGUGCGUUAUAUCGAUCAAGAAGAGGACGACAUGUUUGUGUAUCUCGGUAUUACACUCUGCGAACUAUCACUCCAAGAUUUAGUUGAAGAUAACAACAGUAUCAAUAACAUUAGGAAUCGACAAUUAUUCGAUAGUCUAGAUAAGCGAGAGUUGAUAAAGGAUAUGGUUGAAGGUGUAAGCUUUUUGCACGCCAAUAACAUUGUUCACAACGAUUUGAAUCCGAGGAAUAUACUCUAUAAAGACCGACACCUUUUGAUAUCGGAUAUGGGACUGAUACAACAGGCAGCAAAGAAAUUACCACUGAAAUUCCUCAACACACUCAAUGAGAAGCCAUUCCUAAGCGCCAAUUGGGAUACAUUAUUGGAACCAAUUUUAUUAUCUGAAUUAACAUUAGGUGUAACAGUACAAUAUAAAUAUGAUAGUGUUAAAGAUUUGCUUAGAUGUGCAAAGAACUACGAUUUACAAAUGGCGAUCAACACUGGUUUGUGGAUGCCAGAGUCUUUCAUUUAG